CAUGGUGAAGGAUAUCCUUGGGCUCCUUCCAUGAUCGCUCCUCGGACUUUACUUUGGACCACUGGCUUGAAGGAUCAACACACAUCCAACUUCCUCCUACCAGUCCAAGACUAAUGGAACUGUUGAACAGCCAAUUGUACUUCUCUCACUAAGACUGACCGGGUAGACUCGCCUCGGGGACCCACCAAGUACCACCGGAGGGGCUGCGUGUCCACUGGAGAGAGUUCCUGACUGGAUGCCCAAGACGCUGCCAACAGUCCGUGGCGGAGAGCGCCCGGGACGCUGACCAGGGGGGUCCAUGACCCCGGCGGGGGCCGCCCAUCAGCAAUGAAAGGUUUCGCGGGCAGCCGCAGCCAUCACCACGGAGUCCCCUGCGAUGCCACCUGCGAUUCGCUGGCGCAUCCCUCGGACCGAAAGCCAUACCUGCUGAGCCCGGUGGACCCGCACCCGGCCGACCACCCCUACUACACGCAGCGCAACUCCUUCCAGGCCGAGUGCGUGGGCCCCUUCAGCGACCCGCUGGCCAGCAGCACCUUCCCCCGGCGCCACUACACCUCGCAGCAAGAGCUGAAGGACGACGAUGAGUGCGCCCUCGGGCCGCGCACCCUGGCGGCCAAGGCCAACCGCCUGCCGCCCAACCUCCUGGACCAGUUCGAAAGGCAGCUGCCGCUGGGCCGCGAUGGCUACCACACCCUGCAGUACAAGCGCGCGGCCCUGGAGCACCGCAGCGACAGCCCCGGCCGCAUCCGGCAUCUGGUGCACUCGGUGCAGAAGCUCUUCACCAAGUCGCACUCGCUGGAGGGGCCGUCCAAGGGCAGCCUCAACGGGGGCAAGGCCAGCCCGGACGACACGCAGCCCCUGCGCUACAGCAAGCGCAGCAAGAGCAAGGAGCGGCGCGCCGAGCCCAAAGCCCGGCCCAGCGCCUCGCCCGCGUGGUGGAGCUCGGACGACAACCUGGACGGGGACAUGUGCCUCUACCACACGCCCUCGGGCGUGAUGACCAUGGGCAGGUGCCCCGACCGCUCGGCCUCGCAGUACUUUGUGGAAGCCUACAACACCCUCAGCGAGCAGGCGGUGAGGACCUCCCGCAGCAACAACGACGUCAAGUGCUCCACCUGUGCCAACCUGCCAGUCAGUCUGGAGGCCCCGCUCCUGAAGAAGAGCGCCUGGUCGUCCACGCUGACGGUCAGCCGAGCCCGGGAGGUUUACCAGAAGGCCUCUGUGAACGUGGACCAGGCCCUGGUAAAGGCGCAGUCCAGUCAGCAGGAACGCUCCUGCCAGUACCUCCAGGUUCCUCAAGAUGAAUGGUCAGGGUACACUCCUCGGGGUAAAGACGAUGACAUUCCAUGCCGGAGAAUGCGGAGUGGCAGCUACAUCAAGGCCAUGGGCGAUGAAGACAGUGGUGACUCAGACACAAGUCCCAAGCCUUCCCCCAAAGUUGCUGCACGAAGAGAAAGUUAUCUCAAGGCCACCCAGCCAUCCCUUACAGAACUCACCACACUCAAGAUUUCCAGUGAGCACUCGCCCAAACUCCAGAUCCGGAGCCACAGUUACCUGAGGGCGGUCAGUGAGGUCUCCAUCAACCGAAGCCUGGACAGCCUGGACCCUGCAGGCCUGCUCACGUCGCCCAAGUUCCGCUCGAGAAAUGAGAGCUACAUGCGAGCCAUGAGCACCAUCAGCCAGGUGAGCGAGAUGGAAGUGAACGGCCAGUUCGAGUCUGUGUGCGAAUCCGUGUUCAGCGAACUGGAGUCACAGGCGGUGGAAGCGCUGGACCUGCCCGUGCCCGGCUGCUUCCGCAUGCGGAGCCACAGCUACGUGAGGGCCAUCGAGAAGGGAUGCUCGCAGGACGAUGAGUGCGUGUCCCUGCGGUCCGCGUCCCCACCUCGCACCGCCACCACCGUGAGGACCAUCCAGAGCAGCACCGGUGUCAUAAAACUGAGUUCUGCAGUUGAAGUGUCAUCUUGCAUUACAACAUAUAAGAAGACACCACCUCCAGUCCCACCUAGAACUACCACGAAACCUUUCAUUUCUAUCACAGCCCAGAGUAGCACAGAAUCUGCCCAGGAUGCCUACAUGGACGGACAGGGCCAGCGGGGGGACAUCAUCAGCCAGUCUGGACUCAGCAAUUCCACGGAGAGCCUGGACAGUAUGAAGGCUCUCACUGCCGCUAUUGAAGCAGCAAAUGCACAGAUCCAUGGGCCGGCGAGUCAACAUAUGGGCAAUAACACUGCCACGGUCACCACUACCACCACCAUAGCCACCGUGACUACGGAGGACAGGAAGAAAGACCACUUCAAGAAAAACAGAUGCCUGUCUAUUGGGAUCCAGGUCGAUGAUACUGAAGAGCCUGACAAAGCAGGGGAGAAUAAGGUGCCCAGUAAGUUCCAGUCCAUAGGAGUGCAAGUAGAAGAGGAAAAGUGCUUCCGCAGGUUCACCCGAUCCAACAGUGUGACCACAGCAGUACAGGCCGACCUGGAUUUCCAUGAUAAUCUGGAAAAUUCUCUGGAAUCUAUAGAGGACAAUUCCUGUCCCAGCCCGAUGACCAGACAGUUUUCCCGGGAUGCCAGCACUUCGACGGUUAGCAUCCAGGGCUCAGGAAACCAUUAUCAUGCCUGCGCGGCAGACGAUGACUUUGAUACAGAUUUUGACCCCUCUAUUCUGCCUCCCCCUGACCCUUGGAUUGACUCCAUCACGGAAGACCCGCUGGAAGCCGUUCAAAGGUCAGUGUGCCACCGAGAUGGCCACUGGUUUCUGAAACUUCUGCAGGCGGAGCGCGAGCGCAUGGAAGGGUGGUGUCAGCAGAUGGAGCGGGAAGAGCGGGAGAACAGCCUGCCGGAGGAGAUUCUAGGGAAAAUCCGAACCGCAGUGGGCAGUGCCCAGCUUCUCAUGGCCCAGAAAUUCUACCAAUUCAGAGAACUGUGUGAAGAAAACCUGAAUCCGAAUGCUCAUCCAAGGCCCACCUCCCAGGAUUUGGCGGGUUUUUGGGACAUGCUGCAGUUGUCCAUAGAAAAUAUUAGUAUGAAAUUUGAUGAACUUCAUCAGUUAAAGGCCAAUAAUUGGAAACAGAUGGAUCCUCUUGACAAGAAGGUAGAACAAUGUAGAUUUUGUAUGGUUCAUUUAAAAACCUGCACAAACACUGGACAGUUUAAAUAGGUUUCUGCAUUCAGGCCUGCGGUUUACAAUGUGAAAUGGAGCUGAUAUCAUAUUAAUUUCAUUGUAAUGACAAUGUCUACACACUAAUCAUUUGGGACAUUCUCUGUAAUAUGUUUCAGGCAUAUCUUUAAAGAGAAACUUGUCUUUGUGAAUCGGAAAAUGGGAAUGCGGCUCUGCUUUUGUUAAUUAAACUUUAAGUUCAACCACUUA